AUGGCUAUGAAAAUACCAAAAAGUGGUUUCAGAACUAUGUUCAAAGAAGGAACACAAUAUUUUGAAGGUGUUGAAGAGACAGUUCUUAAGAAUAUUGAUGCUGUUAAUGAAUUAAAUGAAAAAUUGAAAACAUCUUUUGGUCCAAAUGGUACAAAUAAAAUGAUAAUUAAUCAUUUGGAAAAACUUUUUGUUACUAAGGAUGCCGCUACAAUGCUUCAUGAAAUGGAAAUUAUACAUCCAGCUGCUAAAUUAGUUGUUUUGGCUUCAGAAAUGCAAGAACAACAAAUUGGUGAUAAUACUAAUUAUGUUGUUAUUUUAUCAUCUGCUCUUCUUCUUGAGGCUGCAAAGUUAUUUGAGUAUGGUCUUAGUAUGACACAAAUUGUUGAUGGAUUUGAACGUGCUUUAAAAGUUGUUGAAGAUGUGUUACCUGGUCUUACUGUUAAGACAGUUACUGAUCUUUCUAAUAUUGAAGAUAUCAGAAGUGCAUUAAAAGCUUCAAUUACAUCUAAACAAUAUGACAAUGAAGAUCUUAUUGCUGAUUUAGUUUCUCAUGCAUGUAUUCAAACUUUACCAAAAAAUGCAGCUAAUUUUAAUGUUGAUAAUAUUAGAAUUGUCAAAAUAUUAGGAUCUGGUAUUCAUGAUAGUAAAGUUGUUAAUGGUAUGGUAUUCCAUAGAAAAACUGAAGGAGAAAUUACCAAGGCAGAGAAUUGCCGUGUAGCUGUAUUUGCUUGUCCAUUUGAUGUUAUGCAUACUGAAACAAAGGGAACUAUUUUGAUGAAUAAUGCUGAAGAUUUAUUGAAUUUCAGUAAAAAUGAAGAGGCUUUAAUUGAAAAACAAAUUAAAGAGCUUGCUGAUGCUGGUGUUAAUGUUGUUGUUGCAGCUGGAAAGUUUGGUGAUCUUCAUAUACAUUUUCUUAACAAAUAUAAAAUAAUGGGUGUCAGACUUGUAUCCAAGUUUGAUUUACGUCGUCUAUGUAAACAAUUUGGUGCCCAGGCUCAAGCUAGAAUUUGUUGCCCACCUGUAGCAAGUCUUGGACAAUGUGAUAAAGCUUUUGUUUCAGAAAUUGGUGCCACAUCUGUUAUUGUUUUCUCAAAAGAAUCUGAAUAUGGAAAUAUUAGUACUAUUGUUGUUAGAGCAUCUUCAAAACCCAAGAUGGAUGAUAUUGAACGGGCAUUAGAUGAUGCUAUUAAUACAUAUAAAUGCCUUUCAAAAGACGCCAGAUUACUUCCAGGAGCUGGAGCUUGUGAAAUUGCUCUUGCUAGAAUUAUUAGAGAAAAAGCUCAUGAAGCUGCAACUAUUGGUAGAGAAAAGAAAUUAAACAAAAUUGAACAUUAUUGUUAUGAAAAUUAUGCCAAUGCUUUUGAGGCAAUUCCAAAACAAUUUAUGGAAAAUCUUGGUUUAAAUCCUGUUGAAAUUGUUGCUAAAGUAUACAAAGCUCAUGAAGAAGGUAAUUCUCAUACUGGAUUAAAUGUCUUCACUGGAGAACUCAUGGAUGCUGUAAAAGAAAGUAUCUAUGAUCCAUAUUUGGGAAAACUCUCUGCAAUCAGACUUGCAACUGAAGUAACAUUAAAAAUUUUGCAGAUUGACAAAAUCAUUAUGGCAAAAAGAGCUGGUGGACCACAACCAAGAGGACCUAAACCUCAGGAUGAAGAUGAUGAUUGUGGUGGAAUGGCCUAA